AACUAUGACUUUUAACUGCCAGUAAACCUGAACUUCCUCGGCUACGGUCUUGGCCUGAACUGGCCGUCUCCCGUGUUGGUGAAGCUAGCUGAUCCCACAGCAACCAUACUCCCCAGGCCCCUGGAUCCCACGGAGGCAUCUUGGAUAGUUUCUAUAUACUUCCUUCUAGGAGCUGCAGGCUAUCUAGUGGCGUUUACUUUGGUAGAUGUCAUAGGGCGUAAGAAGUGCGUGCUCCUAUCCAGCGUCAUCAAGCUGGUGUCAGCUCUCCUGUUCCUGUUCGGGAACGAUGUGUGGAUGCUGAUGCUGGGCAGGGCCGUAAUUGGCACGGCGGAUGGCAUCGUACUCUGUGUUAUACCGGUGUACGCUUCAGAAGUUGCCAGUAAAGAAGUCCGCGGCGCCCUCGGCACGUUGCUGCAGAUCUUCUCCUCUAUAGGCGCAGUUGUCAUGCUGAGCGUCGGUCCGUUCGUCUCCUACUUUGAACUGAAUCUCAUGCUGACGCUGCUCGUGUUGGCGACCAGCAUUCCUACACUGUUCUUACCCGAUAGCCCUAAUUUCUUGUUUUCUAAAGUUGGACAAGAAGAUUCCAGAAAUGUCCUCAUUUCCCUACGAGGCUCUGAACAUCGAGCUGACGAAGAAAUAAAAGAAUAUGCCGCGAACAAAACGGACGAGAAAGUCAGCCUACGGAUAAUUUUCCGCAACAAACUGUUCCAGAAAAGUCUUGCGAUAUCUACAUUUGUUCUUAUCAUGGUCUUAUUAAUUGGAUAUAAUUCUGUGACAUCGUAUCUUCAAACUAUUUUGGAUGUGACGCAGACGAACGUCAGGUCAGAAGUGGCGUCAGGGGUUAUUGGGGCUAUCAGUGUUGUAGCCAGUUUUUCGACUCUGAUGACAACUGAUAGGUUUGGAAGGAAGCCCAUUUUAGUAUCAACUCUCUUUGGAGUGGCUGCUGGUAUGGUCGGCCUUGGAACAUUUUUCAAGCUAACAAGGGAUGAAGCUGAUAUUUCUGGCUUCUUAAACUUCCUGCCACUCCUGUCCCUACUUGUGAUAGUUUUCUGCUACAGUGCAGGCACGGGCUCCCUAUUCUGGUUACUCAUAGCUGAGCUCUUCGAUGACCGUUCCAGAGGCAUCGGUGUAGCGUCCACACUUCUCCUUGGAACCGCUCCAUCUUUCCUCUCCGUCCGAUAUUUCACGUCGAUCAUCGACGCCAUCGGACCGACGGCCGCGUUCUGGUGCUCGGCAGGGCUGUGCGUCGUACUAGCGUUGUUUGUGGCAUUCAAAUUGCCAGAGACAAAAGGGAAGAGCUUCACGGAAAUACAACAUGAGUUGGGGAAUAAGGACAAAAUUAUAACUCGGAUUUGA